CCGGCUCUCGGGGCCAGGCGCGGUCCGGAGGAAGGGGCACACGGCCGGAGGCCGCCGGGUGACAGCUGCCAUUAUUGUUACCGCAUAAGACCGACCCUUGGGCCCCCGCCCGCGUGCAGCCGGCCGGGCGUCGCCGCCCCUCACCCAGCCUCCAGCCGCCCCUAGACCCCGCCAGCCCGUGCACAGGCCGCCGCUUCCAGGAAGCCCUCCCGGACGCCGCGCCCUCUUUCGAGGCCCCGGCCCGUGCCGAGCCUGCUACCGCGGUCCGCGGGGCGACGGAGCUUACUGUGGAGAUGACAGUCUGUCCGCAAUUACCUUUGACUCUGACUUUGAGACGAAAGCAGAGAGGAAAAGUUUCCACAAACCUCCACCCACAUCACUGAAGUCACCUUAUCACUCUAAACCGAGGAAAGUGGCAUCCUGGAGAUCUCUGAGGACAGCAGCAAGCAUGCCUCUUGGCAACAGAAUGUCCUUAACCCCACAGAAGCUGUGGCUGGGAAGCUCGAAGCCAGGAAGUCUGACCCAGCCCCUGAAGUCAGACCUGACCUUGGAGCAGGCAUGGGCCGGCCCCCCCAGCACUACUCCCGACUAUCUGAGAGCAGCCUUAAGAGUGAAGAGGUCCAAUCUCAGGCGUUCUGCCAGCAAUGGUCACGUUCCCGGGACCCCUGUCUACAGAGAGAAGGAAGACAUGUACGACGAGAUCAUCGAGCUGAAGAAGUCCCUGCACGUGCAGAAAAGUGACGUGGACCUCAUGAGAACAAGGCUGCGGCGCCUGGAGGAGGAAAACAGCAGGAAGGACCGGCAGAUACAGCAGCUCUUGGACCCGUCCCGAGACCCGGAUUUUGUUCGGACUCUGGCAGAGAAAAGGCCCGAUGCUGGCUGGGUCGUUAACGGGCUAAAGCAGAGGAUUCUGAGGCUGGAGCAGCAGUGCAAGGAGAAGGACAACACGAUCAACAAACUGCAGACUGAUAUGAAGACCACUAACUUGGAGGAGAUGAGAAUCGCCAUGGAGACGUACUACGAGGAGAUUCAUCGUCUCCAGACUCUCUUGGCGAGCUCCGAGACCGCGGGAAAGAAGUCUCCGGGGGAGAAGAGACUGGGCGUCAAGAGGCCGAAGAAAGUGAGCAGCGCCCUCCUGAGCUUGUCCCGGAGCGUCCAGGAGCUCACGGAGGAGAACCAAAGCCUGAAGGAAGACCUGGACCGCGUGCUGAGCAACUCCCCCACCGUCUCCACCACGAAGGGUUACACGGAGUGGAGUAAGCCCCGGCUGCUGAGACGGAUCGCCGAGCUGGAAAAAAAAAUAAGUUCGAUGGAAAGCCCCACAUCACAGGCUUCAGAAGAGGUCAAGUCAAGCGCCCCGGUGCAGUCUGCGUCCAGCUCCACCGUGCCCCGGCAGCCGAGAUGUGACCGGCACCAGGAGAGCGAGCGUCUCCGGGGGACGGUGCGGAGCCUGAGAGGCGAGCGGGACGCGCUGCAGACGCAGCUUCAGGAGAAAGAUUUGGAAGUGAGACAGCUGCUACAGACAAACGCCACCUUGCAGAAGGAGCUGGAGGGCGCGAGGGAAGGGGAGGAGGAGAGAAGAGGAAGAGAGGAGGCUCUGAGAGAGGAAAUUCAAACACUUACCAAGAAGUUUCAAGAACUGGGAGAAAUUAAGAGAGAAGAAAAAGACGACCCCGUGGAAAUGACCCCGGAGACCCCGGAAGAACCCCGACCUUCCCUUCCCACCAGCAGGCCCUCUCAGCAGGACUCUGAGCCAGAUACAAGCGAGGAGGGCUUCUCCCGGCCCCCCUCCACCUGCUCCGAGGGGCGAAGAGACACGGCAGCCAGGAUCCUGCAGAGCCGGUGGAGGGUAUACAGACACCAGAAAAAAAAGGCCGUCCUGGACGAGGCGGCUAUGGUGCUUCAGGCAGCGUUCAGGGGACAUCUAGCGCGGGUGAAGCUGUUGUCAAGCCAGGCGUGUGCUUCAGAACCCCCCAGCCCGCCCAGACAGGACCCUCCGUCACCACGUGUUCCAAGCCCCACCGCCCAGGCCCAGGGCAGCCCGGGACAGGAGGAGGCCAUCACCGCCAUCCAGUCCGUCCUCCGGGCGCACCUGGCACGGGUCAGGCGCAGCGCCGCCAGUCAGAGAGCCGUCACCGCAGCCCCCAGAAGGAGGCAGCCCGCUCCGGCCACACACAGCCAGCUCUCCUCGCCACCCUGCCCGGCCCCUUCUCCUGGUCAAGAGGACAGUGAGGGGAGCGGCGGGGAGACCGCGGAGGGGCCGGCGGCCGAGGACGAGGCUCCGGGGCAUCCAGCAGCCCUGCAGCCCCGCUGCGGGCCGUCCUCUCCCUCGGGACCAGGACCCGCGGAUGACGGCAGCUCUGACGACUCCGACGAGAUCGUGGUGGCCCCGGCUGUGGCCCCGAGGAAGGCCGCCUCCCCGCCCUAGGCUCCGGGCCUGCCCCUCACGCGGCGACGGCCCUGCAGGGAAGCUCGGGGUUUGGAGGACGAAGCGUGUCCUAGAGGACGUGGGGACUACAGUUACGACUGCAGAGUAUUUUACCUUGUUGGCAAAGAGCUCCGUGCUCUGCACGCACCUCAGCAGCCUGGUCGGUGCUCCUCUUCCGUUGGUCUGGUCGCCUGUUGGGUUGCUUGUUCAGGGAAUCCUGAAUGAUCUCGUCUCCGGGAAGGGCCGGCGGCGCAGUUUUCGGUGUCAGACGGACAGACGCUUCUGCCCGGGACGGGCCAGCCGGGGGCCCUGCAAAGACGCGGUCUCGGCAGCUGCUUCCUGGCCUCCGGCCGUGAGCUGGGAGCGCCCGCCUCGUCUGGAGCCGCGCUGACGGCACCCUGUUCCUCUCCCGCCACCGCCUUCUCUGGCACCACGUGCUCUGAUCUCCACCCGGCCAGUAGGCGAAGUACUUUCUGGAAGAGGCAGAUGUGACAGACCCCUGUGGCAGGAUACGGCGUCUCCAAGUCUCGUGAGACACGAGGACAUCGGGGCCCCAAGAGGGGCUCGUGUUCCUCAGGCUCCUCCUCCUGCCCCUCUCCACGCAGACCUUCCCCCACCAUCGUCCCCACCGCCGGGGCCCUGUGCCCAAGAGGUGCUGUGCCCAGGAAGGAGUCUGGCGAGACCCUGUCACUGGGUAGGCCAAGCCUUAAGAGGCACCAAACCCUAACCAGGAAGUACCAUCAGGUUUGCCUUUGAGAAGUGCAGCGGCACAGCUGUCCCCAGGCCCCGGGCAGGGCAGGGGUGCUGGGCUCACCCGCGGGCCGCAGGUGACGGGGGUGCCCCGGGCCCUUGCUGCGUGCGGGCCCCGGCUCCCGCCCAGCCUGUGCCACACAAACAAAGAGCCCCCCCUUUGUCUGCAAGGUCAGCCUUUGUUGAUGGGAACGAGAAGAGCCUCAGGCUUGUGGUGCGGGGGGACGUCAAGGGCGUCUUAAGAGCCCCGUGUCCCCAGGCCAGGCGUCCAACUCUCCACAGGUCCACAGGCCACACAGCUGCGUGAGGAAGCUCACUCUUGCCUGGACUGAGUGUGCCGGCUGGAGCCCUUCUGAGGUCAAACCUUGGGGAGUAGGAUGUAUUCUUCUUUGGGGAAACCCUUGGCCCUCCUCACCGUGGCCAGGAAGCUUCUGGCGCCACAACCAGCUAGAGCCCGUCCAUGGUCGUCCACCCCGAGCCGCCGGGACCACCCGGUCAGGCUCCGUCCACACAACAGCUUGAGAAAAAAAAGCCCAGCCAGAAAGCUAGUCUUUUGUUGGUUUGGUCUGUGGGCUGCGAAGUCCAUUUUCUUGUUUCUCGUCUUUCCCACUGGACCGACUGGUAACUGGACCGAAUCUGUUGCCGCCCUUGGCUUGUUUCACGCGUGGGGUCUGUUCCCCAGUGACCCGACCACCCUCCCCUGGGUCCCAGGCUCGGAGCCAAGGGUCUGUAGGGGCUGGGCGAGCGCUGGGGGCCUGCCCGCUCCUGGGGCGAGGCUCCUCCCACCCAUCACUCAAACAACGGGCAUUUCCACCCACUCGUCAUUCGGGCCCUGGAGAACAAGGCCCCGCGUGGCGUCCGGGCUGGCCUGUGUGCCGUGACCGGAGGGGCCUGGCCAGCGGGCAGGGCCACGAAGGCAAGAUCGGUCUGUGUGCUUGUGUUUUCCAAGGAGAUGACCCCAAGAACCGUAAAUAUGUACACGCGUCCGCCUGUGUGCCUUCAGGGCAGCAUUGUUGAUUAAAAGCAAACAUUCUCGAA